AAGUCACUCUUCCCUGACCUGCCAGUGCCAAAGGUCCCCGAAUCUAAUAUUCACCACCUACUUUUCAAGCAGCCUGACCAGCGGGAGUGGCCAGAUUAUACUUUGUUCGUGAACGUGGCUCCUGGCCAGUGGCAUUUGUUCAGGGAGUUUAUCGAGCGUGUUCACGACGGCGCUACUGCACUAGGUGCUGAUGUGACGGAUGGUGGCCUAGGUCUUCACCCAGAAAAUGGAGAUCUUGUAGGCGUGUUGAGCGAAAACUGUCCACCCUAUUCAACGCUAUUGGUUACCACAGUCCCGUUUGCGUUGUUCUCAUCCUAUUCAACACCGUAUGAGUGA